UGUAGGAUCCAUACCAUGGAAAAAUGAAGUGGUUGACACCGAGUACCUCGUAGUCCCAUUAGAAAUCCUUUCAUGCGUGACUUGGAAACAGCCCAUGAUCGGUGUUUAACACUUGAAAAUUAAAGUUCGAAUACAUCCUCAUGAUUUAUGAUUGUUUCACUAGCAAUAAAUAUCUUUGUAUUGGAGUUAGCCAGAUCGGUGAUUUGUAUCCAUGGCUCGGAUGUCCUGCUGGUAGUCGAGCUUGAACACGUGACCAGAACAGAGACCAGAAUGUUGUUGUGUAUGUCCGUGCAUGCUUACUGAUGAAAUAUUAUGUGUAUUUGCGUAAAACAGGGAACAACAUCGAGUGUAUUCAGCUCAAAUUAACAUCAGGGUAAGCUUCCACCCCUUUACACCGGUAAAGACACAGGCUGGCGGUGGCAGGGUGGCGCCGAGUGCAGUUUUGAGUAGGAAAUGAAAAGUGAUAAUUCUCAACACUGUGGCUUUUGUUUCACCUCCUUUCAGUGGCGGGGCUGGCUCGUCAACUCCGACAGAUAAUGAAUGACGACAGAGAUGUGUUAGAUGGACAGUCCUUGAUGUUUCCCUGAUAUCCUCCUGGCGAUUGGUUCAUGAACGGUGUCUUACAGAUGCUUUUAAAAUUAGACUUGUGGCUAUUGCUUUUUUAUUGGCAUUUAAACAUCUUGAUGAAGGAUAAAGGGAGCUAGAAUGUGGGGUUUCAUUUGUGAGGAGUGUGAAUGAGUCCUCUUCUCGUAGGGAACUGGGGCUUUUUUCUCUUUUUUGAUCACUUUCAUACAUACAUAGAGUCGCAUGUAUGUCUACUGGCACGGACACACACACACACAUGCCCUCACUCACAUAAAAACAGAAACCAUGCAUCUAAGUACACACACCUCCAGGUAUACACCAACGAACAUUUUUUUCUGCCUCUCAACCCACACACACGUACCCUACUUACAUACACACAUACAGCGAGUAAGAAUGCACCUGUGUGUUUGUGUGUUUGUGUGUGUGUGAGAGAGAGAGAAGGGGUUGUUAAAGAGUGUAGUGGGGUACAAAAUCUUGUUCUUAUGCCUGGGUAGAGAUCAAUUCACAAUACUUUAUUUAUCUGGGUGAAUACCCGCCCCCACUUCCGGUCUUGAGACAGACGCGUACAAACAUCUCCAUGCACAGAACGAGGUCAACAACGCUGACGUCACGAUUGUACUUGGAGACGUUUACGGUGUGAAGCCCUCAGCCAAUCGAAGAGCUGGGACCAAAAGUUAAUUUCUGAAACAAUUUUUACAUAAAAUUACUCCACUGAAUUUUGGAAAUAAUAUUUUGCACUCAGCUUCACCGAAUCAUUACGCAAGCUGCAGCUUUUAGAGAGAGCGGCUUUCAUCAUACAAGUGUAUUUUUAUGUAUUUGUCUUCUUACUUAUUGCGUUGGAUCUACGACAUGAACUCAUCACAAGGAGAAAAACAGGCACCUGCUCAGAAAAGUCGACCUUUAUUACCAGGGGCAAGCAAAACCCACAGGAAGCUGCAGCUGCGCGUGACCUCGGGAGCAAGCACCUCUUGGAACAGUGUACCACUCUGACAUGCGUCUACGUGACCAGAAAAACAAAACAAAACAGAACAAAACAGAACAAUAGCAAAAAAAAAAAAAAAAAAAAAAGAAAAGAAAAAAAAUAGCAAAAAGAAAAAAAAAAAAUCGAGAGUUCAGAGAUAUAACUUGUACAGCUGAUGAAAGAUGAAAGGGAAACUCAACAGCUUUGUGUAGGGAAGUCAUCAGGUUAUCUUAUCUCCAAGCCAAGUCUGUCAGUGUGCAGGCUGCUACGGUUGUCAGAAAGACUUGUCAACUCCUCUGUUCACGACAGGUGCGCGAGAAAGUUCGUUUUGUGAGCAUCGCUGCUGGCGGAGCGACAGAAAGAAAGGUAGAGAAGGUGUGAUGUCAGAUUGAAGGCUGUUGUGAGUACAAGUUCGACGCAUGUGGAUGGGAAUGUGGUCUUCACCUCAAACUCACAUCUACAGCAACCUGACCUCUGUUUUCUGAUCAGCAAACUCGACUUAUUGUGCUGUGAGUGUUAACUGGACUUAUUGUCUUAUUAGUGCUAACUCGACUUAUUUAUGUUAACCACCUUCACAUUUGGUCUACAACAGCCUCCAUUGUGGUUUUCUCCUACCUUCGGAUCCGGUCCCUAGAAUAAUUGCGGUCCCGAGUCCACAUUUACCAUCGUCCCUCUUAAUCCAGUCCGACUAACUGACUGCCUGUAGUCAUGGUUACUCCCUGAGGUGGAAGUAUCUCGCCGAGAGGUCGUACAUCUGUGUGUCCCAGACGCUCGACAUUUUCCAAUCACUCGCUUACCUUUGUUGCCCACGAGGUUCAAUCGACCCUCGUCCACAAAACUUUUCUCUAACCAGGGUUUAAUGUUUAAAUGUUUCGUAAUACAAGAUGAAUUUCAACGGUGACAUGUGGACUGUUGCUGCCAUAUAAUUCAUUGUUGAUGUUUUCACGAUGUUGUGUUCAAUGCAACACCUGUCAUGCGUGACACCUGUCUGAAAGAUCAGUCAAUCAAUGAACAGGUGAAAGUGUUCAGCCCUGGACUAUUGUUGUAGCAACGUGUCCAUGUUUGCACCGCCCGCUGGGAAGGUCUGGGUGAGUUCACUCAAGCGUGAGUCAAACAGGAGGCUUGGUGAUCCGUUAGUUGUGACGUAGAAGAGGUCCAGGUGAGAAGGAAGUGGUUACAAGUGUUGUGACAAGCUUACAAACAAGUUUACAAACGAAGCUUUUCUCUCUUCAGACAGCGAGCGGAGCCACUGUGUUCACAUCUCAAGGUGAAAAUGGCAGUCCACGUGAUGGUAGUGGCUCAGGCGGUCCUCCUGCUUCACACGGGUAUCGUGACUUUGGCCUACACCCGCUCGGACGUGGUUCGCACCACCCUGGGUCCCAUCCGAGGCCUGACGAAAGUGGUGGGUGGCAGGACUGUGGAAGUGUUUUGGGGAAUCCCCUUCGCCAAGCCCCCGACGGGGCUUCGUCGCUUUAAGCACCCGGAACCUCCUGAACCCUGGAACGAAGUGAGGGACACCGUGACGAAGCCCAACUCCUGUUUCCAGGUCAUCGAUACCGCCUUCGACCAGUUUGAAGGCGUGCAGAUGUGGAAUCCCAACACAAACAUGAGUGAAGACUGCCUGUACCUAAACGUGUGGGUGCCCAAGGGUUUCUCAUCGUCCCCAAGGGCUACCAUGGUUUGGAUUUUUGGUGGCGGUUUCUGGGCCGGCACAUCCACGCUGGACAUCUACGACGGUUCGAAACUGGCGGCGACGGAAAACGUCAUCGUUGUGUCGUUGAAUUAUCGCGUCGGUUCUCUAGGAUUCCUUUACACAGGUAAUGAUGAUGCCCCAGGUAAUCAAGGCCUCAUGGACCAGACCAUGGCACUGAAAUGGGUCCACGACAAUGUUGGCUUCUUCGGUGGCUCCAAAGACACUGUUUCUAUUUUUGGAGAAAGCGCCGGAGCUGUCAGCGUGGGAUUCCAUCUUCUGUCCCCGUUGUCCAGCGGUCUUUUUGCAAGAGCUAUCAUGCAAAGCGGAAGUCCCCUCUGCAGUUGGGCGGUGCAGUCCAGAUCGCAAGCCAUCCUGCGAGGGGAGAAACUAGGCGAGAUACUGGGCUGCUCAACACGAGACUCUCGCACGAUGGUCGAGUGUUUGAAGAACCGGGACGCUCAAAAUAUUACUGACCUAAUGUUCAACCUCACUGAACACUAUUUCGACGUGCCUCUCGGGCCAGUUGUCGACAACUACUUUCUUCCUGGACAUCCUAAAGACCUCAUGGCCAAUGGACAGAUCAAGAAUACGGAAGUUCUCAUUGGCGUGAACAAAGACGAGGGCCUUUAUUGGCUUCUUUACGGCCAGAAGCCUUACUUCCCUUUGUCCAACGAUGGAGCGAUGACAGUCGCAGAAUUUAGGGAUGUUGUCAAUGCUUUAAAUUUCCGUGGCGACAACAAGACUGACAGCGCCAUCAUUUACGAAUACUACGACAAUGUUCUUCCUUCCCAGAGGGAAUCUCUCAGAGACAUCGCCGACGACAUCAGCGGAGACGAUCUCUUCAAGUGCGCCGUUGUGGACUUCGCCAACGAAUACGCAAAGAACCAUGAUGUUUAUCUGUAUUCCUUUGAGCACCAGCUGUCAAACUUGGCAUGGCCAAAAUGGACCGGAGUCAUGCAUGGAUACGAAAUAGAAGCCAUCUUUGGAUUACCGCAAGAGUAUAACUACACGAGAGAAGACGAGUCCGUAGCCAGUCGAAUGAUGGCCUACUGGACCCGAUUCUCGCAGUUAGGGGACCCCAAUAACGACAUGAUCACGUGGCCAAAGAUGACACCACAGGGACUGGAAUAUCUGAGGAUCGCGGGAGAAGGCGACACAGUAAAAAAGGGGCUUCGACAUCAACAGUGCAGCUUCCGGCGGGUCGUCCUCCCACUCUUGCAACAGGAUAAAACCAGUGAACUCAUGUGCCACACAGCGGGCCAAGAUCACGUGAGCAGCUCUCUACUUCUCAUCACCAUGUACUGCAUCUCGCUGGCCUUACGACUGCGCAUGUAGCACUUCCGGUGACGUCACAGUGCCGCGUUCUUCUGUAGUUAACGGCGUGCGUGCGCGAGUGUGUACUUGCUUGUGUGGGUACGUGUGUUGGUCUAUGUGUACUUGGUGUGAGGAUAUUGCAUGUGUAUCAAUCCGGACAAAGGCUGUGAGAAACACACACACACACACACACACACACACACACACACACACACACACACACACACACACACACACACACACACACACACACACACACUUUUAUUUCUAAUAAAUUGCCUGACUUGGCAUUGUGUGUGGCUCAUAAUUUCCCAGUUAGAGUUUACUAUGGACUGACCACCAGAAUGCACACAUGUGUGUGUACGUGUGUGCACGCGCAUGGAUUAUGCCUACUUGUUUGUAUAUUUGUAUAUAUAUGCCUGCAUGCAUGCGUGCGUGCGUGUGCGCGCGUGGUUUUCUGCUUGCACAAUGGCAAGUUGCAAGACAUGAGAGAAAGUGAGUGGUCCAGUGGACUAGUGACUGUGUGCCAGUGACACUGACGAACCAAGACGAGGAUGUGCCAGGAACUCUUGCUAGUUGUCUUUCACCUGCAUUCAACAGAAAGUGGAAUUCGUAAAACUGCAAAGAACUUUUACCUGUAUCCUCUAGUGGAAUGAUGAUACAGUUUUUAGCAUUCAAAUCAAAUGAAGAUGAACUUAAAAUUAUAGAAAUUACAUUUUUCCUGUUUGUUUAUUAUUUACUGUUUCUUACAUGAGUGUUUAUCAAAAUGUAAUGUUGUGCAAUACGUAACACAACAUUACAUACAUCAAAUGUAAAGUUUAAUAUUUAUGUAUUUAAUUUAACUUUUGUAGCGAAAUAUCAGUGAAUCCUGUUACUAAACAUUUACUUGAAGUUUUUGAGCACGAUAUAAGGGACACAACCCUUUUUUUCACUAUCACAUAAUUCAGUUGAUUAUGGUUCUUGUUUGGGACAAGCACAGCGAAAAGAGUAGACAGCGCGCGAGCACACACAUGCAUGUACAUGAAUAGUAUGAAAGAAAUGUGUAACAAAACAACAGAGAACUACACACACACACAGAGCGAGAGAGAGAGAGAGAGAGAGAGAAAGAUAGAGAGAGGAAGGGACGAAAGAGAGAACAAAUCAACCAUAUAAUGAAUGAUUUCACGGUCAAUAGAUAUAACAUGGCAGCUGACCGUUUGAUUACUUAUGUAGUAUUUUAUCAGCAUGACAUUGUAUUGUAUUGAACAUUGAAUAUGCAGUGAUUCGUCUCCAGAACAUUCUACAGUAGAUUCCAGGAGUGGCUCGUCCUUAGUGUCGGAGGAUGCGAUGCGACAAAAGAUGUGAUCAACAUAGUCUACCCCCAUCAUGUCUCUCCAUCGUGGGAAAAAUGAUGUCGUAGGCCACUACUUCAAAUGUCAAGGCCACAGAGGCAUAGGGUGUGGGACUAAUAGACCUGGCCGUUACACAUCGUGAAACGAGAGAAAGGUCAGGACUAUCAUUAUGUGAGUCGCAGUUCUGUGGGGCUGGGGAAUGGGAUUCAGUUUCAUACUUUUCAGUCGUCGUCUGUGUCUGAAAAAUGAUUUACUUAAGUGUGAUUUGAAAAUAAAAGGUUUCAUUUGUUUUAAAUUUAGUGAAGAAGGUAGGAAAGAGAGAGAGAGAGAGAGAAAGAAAGAGAGACUGUGAUGUACUCUGUUCCCGUGUAGACAUGAGGAUUCGCGAUCACGUGGUACUUGGGGGCCGACUGGCUAUCAUCGGUAAUGAUCUCUACAUCACAGCCAGAGCCACAAGUACCUGUAACAUUUCCUCAGCUUUGUCCACAUGUUGAUCUUGAUGUCGAGGAGACCCAGCUUCGAUUAUUUAAAACAAUUUUUCAUGCGCCGUGUGUAAUUUUUAUGUUAAUCGCUUGUAAAAUUUUUGUUGCCACAUAGGUGCGCAUGUUGUUUUUGCAUUUCAGGGUUUGAAUUCUCCCGAAUUCAGGAUAACAGACACAAUUUUAUGAAGUUUAGCGAAGCACUCACAAUAAAUCCCGUUAAGAAGAGAAAAUAUGAACAAUAAAGAUAAUAUAUCUCGUGACAUGCGUUUCCAUAUUAAUCUCAUAUAGUCACGAUGGUAUUGAGGCUGUCGUUAUUAGAUAUUGAGGUUUUUGUUUGAGAUUGCAAAGUGUCUCAAGUGCUUUGAAUAGUUCAAACAUGGAAGAAGGUCAGUUUCACAGGUUAAACCGUUAAAAAUUACAUUGGCAGUAAUGAUGAUGAUUGCAUAUUAUUUAUUUUCAAACAACACAAACAGUUUUACUGGCUUGUAAUCCUAUGUUCUAGAUUGUAGAUGUACUAUUAUUAUGAACCUCUGUCUGUCUGUCUGUCUGUCUGUCUGUCUGUCUUGUCUGUCUGUCUGUCUGUCUGUCUGUCUGUCUGUCUGUCUGUCUGUCUGUCUGUCUGUCCCUGUCGGCCUCCUCUCUCUAUCCCACUGUCCCGAGUCUACUAUGAAUGUCUGUCAUUGUAGGUAAUGUUUAAGGUGUUCUGACUUAUUACAAAUGUUAUUGUUUUGCCUUACUUAUUAAGCAGGGAGAAUCCGAUCAACUGACAAUUGUGUUUGUAUAUUUGUAUAUUUAUGCAUAUGUGUGAACGUGCGUAAGUAACAUAUACACGAAUGUACAUGUUUCAGUAUUUAAGUAUACAUUUUAUCUAGUAACUGCUAGUUACCAUGAACAGUUUGUACAUUUAUCAUGAUUUUCAUACUUAAUUAACAAUGAAUCCUUUCAAUCAUCCAGCUUCACGAAUGUCUCAUUCUGUAAAUACAUAUCAUACUCAUUGUCUCGCAAGAGCUCUCUUUGUAAACGACGACAACAGUUUUGUUAAAUACACUGUUUUCUUUCUUACAAAACAUGUGUUCGAGG